CUCGCCAGCGUCAACCUCUCGAGCUACCAGCCCACGCCAGAAGAGAUCGCAGCCGCCAGGGCUAUCCUGGGAGAAGCGGGUUCCAAACUUCGCCACAAGCAGAUGGGCAGCAUGGCUCACUACCUGAAGAACAACCAAGACGAGAAGGUGCAGAACUCCCGUGGGGCAGAGCGCGAGAAGUACCUCGAGGCUUACCUGGCGUUCCAGCUGAAGGAGAAGUCUGCUUCGAAGAAGGUCACCAGGACCGACGGGUGCGAGAACAAGAAGUCAAAGAUGACGGAUGUCCACUGGUGGUCUGCGCACAAAGUGGACCAGGAGCUCGGGUCGGCCAAGGGUAAGCAUUGGAGGGAGUCCAACCUCUUGGCCUCGAGGCCCGACAGCCUCACUGGCAGCGCCGACGAGCAGUUCGUCGAAUGGGCAGUUCCACUCAAUUGGGGGAGGCUGUCGGAGACGGUUUUAAAGGCCAUGAUGCUCGAGUUCAUGGUGGGCGCAGGCGAGGCCGAGGCCGCGCAUCUUGCAGAAGUUGCUGCAGGAAUUCGCGACGAGGGCACGGGGGCUGAAUCAUCCACGGGGUCCACGCCAGCAGUGAAGCAGGAGUUGACAGAGACUCAGAAGCUCGAGAAGCGCGCCACGCGGCUGCAGGAGGAGCUGACCCCAGUCUUGCGGAAGUUCCAGGACAUCUUGCUCGAGUCGAAGGUCAUCCUCACCAAGGUGGAGGGGGGGCCCCAGAAAGAGAAGAAAAUGGCAUCGGUUCUGAUGGCGGACCUUGGCAAGCAGAUCGCGAGGGCGGGCAGGGUUACCAAGAUCUUGGAGAGGCUCUGCGUGGAGAAAGGCAACAUCUCCGAGGCCAUGAAGCUGCUGAGCCAGAUCGACGAGUGCGAGAAGAUCAACCACGAGCUCAAGGAGUGGGCCGCGAAGUUCGGUUUCCUGGAUGCCCCCAAGGCUUCCAAGCGGAGGCGCAAGGGCAAGCAGCAGGAUGAGGACGAGUCAUGA